AUGGGUAAGCAGUUCCUUCUCCUUCUUAAAGCUAUUGUCAUCGUCGGCGUUGCCCUCAUCAGAGAAACCUCUUCAGAGAGCUUCUCAACUGACGUCGAUGUAACCGGUGGCACGGCCAACGUGCAGGAUGGCGGUAACCAGCUGCAGCUAACCCUCGACCAGGCUGGUGGGUCCGAAGUGCAGUCGAAACAGAAGUAUCUUUACGGGAGGUUCGAUAUGAGGAUCAAGGUUGUGCCGGGCUACUCUGCUGGAGUCGUCACCAGCUUCUUCCUUCAAUCACCACGUCCAACAAAUGAUGAGAUGGACUUUGAGCUGUUAGGGAAUGUGACUGGAGAGCCUUACCUAUUGCACACCAACGUGUGGACUAAUGGAGUAGGUAACAGAGAGGAGCAAAUCAAUCUGUGGUUCGAUCCUAGAGCCGACUUUCACACUUACACCUUCAUAUGGAAUCCUCGCAAUAUAAUAUGGUUUGUUGAUGGAACACCUGUGAGACUUUUCAAGAAUGCACCUCAGCAGGGAGUCCCAUAUUUGAGCAAACAAUUCUUAAACGCUUACGCUGCCCUCUGGAAUGGUGACGAAUGGGCGACGAGGAGAGGGCAAAUCAAGACCGACUGGAGCAAGGCACCAUUCGUGGCAACCUACCGUAAUUUCAAUUCUGAUGCGUGCAUAAACGCUGGCAGAGGCUACCGCUGCUCGCAGAAUAGAGGACAAUGGUGGGAUAUUACUCUUGAUGCUAGGCAGCUAGCAAAGCUGAGGUGGGUGAGAAAAAAUUACAUGGUCUAUGACUAUUGUCGUGACACCACAAAAUAUCCACAAGGGUUUCCACCAGAAUGCUCCAUUAAUGUGUGA